GGAUUUGGAUUCCGAUUGUUUGGAGUUAUCGAUCGGAGAGAUCGUGUCACAUUAAGGAGAUAAGUCUUUAAUGCAGAGAAAUCGUGUGUAAAUGGAUUCUUAAGCCCCACUUUAGUUGCAGAUCUGAAGCUUUUUUAUCGAGAAGAACAAAAAGGUUUGCUUUGUUUCAUAAGUGAUGGUUGUAUGACUCACAUGCAUGUCCUCUGAGCUCGUUUAGCAUCAAGAAGCUUUCCCUUUGAAUUGAUAUGUCAGGUGUUGAAGAAAUCAGUACAUUUGACGAAUUUAGGGGAAGAAGAUCAGACUUUGAAAUCUCAGAAGAUGAGAGACGCCGCUCAAAAAUAGGGAAUUUUAAGAAGAAGGCCAUCAAUGCUUCAACCAAGUUCACUCAUUCUUUGAAGAAACGGGGCAAAAGGAAAAUUGACUAUCGGAUUCCUGCAGUCUCCAUUGAAGAUGUAAGGGAUGAAAAAGAGGAGAGCGUUGUGCUUGAAUUCCGCCGUAAGCUUCUUGAGAGAGAUUUGUUACCUCCUAGACAUGAUGAGUACCAUACUCUUCUGAGGUUUUUGAAAGCUAGGGAUCUUAACAUUGAAAAAACUAUCCAGAUGUGGGAAGAAAUGCUUAGAUGGAGAAAAGAGUACGGAACAGAUACCAUACUAGAGGAUUUUGAUUUCGAAGAGCUUGAAGAAGUUUUGCAAUACUAUCCUCAAGGUUAUCAUGGAGUUGACAAGGAAGGAAGACCUGUCUACAUUGAAAGACUUGGAAAAGCUCAUCCAGCUAAGCUUAUGCGUAUCACCACCAUCGAUAGAUAUUUAAAGUACCAUGUGCAAGAGUUUGAGAGAGCUCUCCUUGAGAAAUUCCCUGCAUGCUCAAUUGCCGCAAAGCGCCGAAUCUGUUCUACGACUACAAUACUGGAUGUGCAAGGAUUGGGAAUUAAGAACUUUACACCAACAGCUGCAAAUCUUGUGGCUGCCAUGUCGAAGAUAGACAACAGCUACUACCCUGAGACGUUGCACAGAAUGUACAUUGUAAAUGCUGGAACAGGUUUCAAAAAGAUGCUUUGGCCUGCUGCUCAGAAGUUUCUUGAUGCAAAGACCAUUGCAAAGAUACAUGUGCUAGAACCCAAAUCUUUAUCUAAGUUACAUGAAGUCAUUGAUUCAAGUCAAUUGCCAGAAUUCCUUGGAGGUUCAUGCUCUUGCUUUGGUGAUGGAGGAGGGUGUCUUCGCUCUAAUAAAGGACCCUGGAAUGAUCCUGAAAUAAUGAAGCUCAUCUACCAUGGCGAAUCAUCACUUUUUCGGCAAAUGACCAGGAAGCUGAGUGACCCGCAUAAUUCUUCAGCCUACAUAAGUAUACAUCCAUCGAAGGCUAUACAAGCUGAGACUUCAGCAGCAGAGUCGGUAUCUUGUUCUGAUGUUCCUACUUCUCCAACUGGAAGAUUAUGCUCAGCCUCUGCUCAUGUGAAUUCAGCUUAUGAGGAAGCUAGGGCAUCAGAUGUUAAUGGCUAUUAUAGUUGCGAUGACAAGUUUACCAUACCUGACAAAGCUACUAACAGAAAAAACCAAGAAAGGCAAUCCCUUUACCAAAUGCCCGAACUCAAUCAAACUACUCUCGGUUUAAAAUGUGAAACAUCUCCACCAGGUGCUCCCAUCAUCCGUUGGCUUCAUGAUUUAAGGGGAACCAUUGACAAGAUACAAUGUGAGAACCUAGCGAAAAGGCUGCUUUCUUUAAUGCUGAAACUAGCUGCAGUUUUCCGUUAUACUCCGCUUGAGCUUCUGAGAAGCCAGACUACAGUCAGCCCUUCAAGUCCAACAGAAGAUGACAGUAGGUGUAGUUUCAUCUCAGCUCCUAGAGAGCCCACAAUGAAAGACCGGAUUCUUCCAUGUUUGGAGCGUAUUCAGGAACUGGAGAAAAGUUAUGAGGAUAUCCGGAACAAACCCGUUGCAAUACCUGUAGAGAAGGAGAGAAUGUUGAUGGAUUCUUUAGACAGAAUCAAGUCAGUUGAGUUUGAUCUCGACAAAACAAAGAGGCUUUUACACGCCACGGUGAUGAAACAAAUGGAAAUAACUGAAAUGCUGCAAAAUUUACGCGAUUCCCAACUUCAUAGAAGAAGAAGAUUGUUCUGUUAAAAACCAUAAGAGAACAUCUGAGUUUUGCAUAAAUACAAAUCUGCACA